AUUUGGGCACUCACCCGUCAGUCUUAAGGAGUUAGAAAGUGGAAGAGUGGGAAGAGGGAAGAGGGAAGAGGGAAGAGAAAGCAGAGUAGGAAGAGGCAUAAAUCGCUCUCGGUCCAUUCGAUCACCGAUAUCGAGGGCCAAUCCCAAUUCCCCAACCUGUACUUGUUUAUUAGCUCGAUCCUUUUAUUCCCCUUCCCAAUCAAUCGAAGGACCAGAUAUCAUGGUAGCUCAGUUUUAAUAUCACGGCUGGCCUUGAAUAUUCAAAGAACAAGAUGGCUUGUGGCUACUUGUUCAGAGGGAAGGAAGGGGGUGAUCAAUUUUCUGAUUCCAGAGAAGAAUUGUCAUCGGUAUUUGAUUCUUGCCCUAGUAGUCCGGGGACUAGUCAUUCAUCAUUUGCAGAAGAGAAUUCCGUAACGUUGCUGACUAAUGAUCCUUUAUACCAAGUCUGGAUCAAGAGUCCAGUUAGCAUACAGGAAAGGCGAGCCAAGUUCAUGAAGUACAUGGGUUUGGAUUCCAUUCAUCCUAGUGAUAAGCUAAUGAUGGAUGAUACAAUUGUGGGUGACUUAGAUAGGAUUUCCAAAGAUUAUGGUGCUGUUCUUAGGAAUUUUUCAUCGGAGAGGUUUGAAGAAGUUCCUAGCACAUCACAGGAAAGAUCCUCUGGCAAGCAAUUUAAACGAACAACUGAGAAUAUAGAUGAUGGCAGGGCCUUUGUUGCACGGGAAUCAAACCGAGAUGGUAGUUUUUUAAGAGGCAAUUCAAUGAGAGCAUCUAUGCGGAAAAACUUUGGGUGGUUGAAGCGAUUGGGUUCCAUGGCAUGUAUUGCAGAUAGGCAAGGCUAUGAAGUUGAUUCAGGUUCCAAUGGUUCUGAUGGGAGUGCAAGGGCCAGGUUUCAUAGGGUUCCAGUGCAUCUGAAUAGAAAGCAGUCCAAGGAAUUCUCUGCAGUUUAUAUGGGGCAAAAUUUUAAGGCUCAUAAUGGUGCCAUCCUUGCCAUGAAGUUUAGUUCUGAUGGCGAGUAUUUAGCCAGUGGCGGUGCAGAUGGAGUCGUCCGAGUAUGGCAGGUGAUGGAAUGUGCCAGGAAUGAUGAAGAUGGUAUUUUUGAUGAUGACCCUCUUUGUAUUUACUUCAGCGUGAGCAGUCAAUCCAAACUGUCACAUCUUUACGCUGAUAAACUUAAAAAAAUCAAGUCCAAGAAUUUUUGCGGAACUUCAGAUUCGGCUUGUGUUGUUAUUCCUCCGGAGGUCUUUCAGAUAUCUGAGAAAACACUGUAUGAGUUCCAAGGCCAUAAAGGUGAUGUUUUGGAUCUUGCAUGGUCAAAAGAUAAGUGCCUGCUAUCAUCUUCUAUUGAUAAAACUGUUCGAUUGUGGCAAUUGGGGUCCGAUGUUUGCCUUAAAGUUUUUGCUCAUAAUGACUAUGUGACUUGCGUUCAGUUUAAUCCGAUUGAUGAGAACUAUUUUGUUAGUGGUUCUAUAGAUGGUAAAGUUCGCAUCUGGGAAAUUCCGACAUGUCGCGUUGUGAAUUGGACAGAUGUUAAACAAAUAGUCACAGCAGUCUGUUAUCGCCCAGAUGGGAAGGGAGUGGUUGUUGGUUCCAUGACGGGUGAUUGUCGGUUUUAUGUUACAUCAGAUGACGACCUCCAACUGGAUUCUAAGGUUUCAUUUGUGGGUAAAAAGAAGUCAUUAGACAAGAGGAUAACUGGCUUGCAGUUUUGCCCAAGCAGCAGUAAUAAGCUAAUGGUUACAUCUGCAGACUCAGUAAUACGAAUCCUUGAAGGGAUCAAUGUAGUCUCUAAAUACAAAGGCCUUCGCAAUACUGGAAGUAAGAUAUCUGCAACAUUCACUUCUGAUGGACAACAUAUAGUUUCUGCUAGCGAGGACUCGAAUGUCUAUAUCUGGAACCACUCGAACCAGAAUAAUAUCCCCUCGACUAAGUUGAAAAGCAACAAAUCUUUUGAGCGUUUCACCUCAAGAAACGUUUGCAUCGUUAUGCCAUGGCAGGGUUUCUCCAGAAAAUCCAGUUUGGAUGACUUUCUUUGCCGUGUAGACUAUAUGGGCAACAAGAUUCUAUACCUCUCACUUUCCAAUAAUUUCACCUUAAGCUAUAAGUUCUUUACAGAUUUUGUUCCUUGGGGGUCGGCAACAUGGCCGGAAGAGAAGCUCCCGCUCCCUUUUAGUAUGGCAAAAAAUUUCGGCCUUAGUAAAUCACAAUUCAAGUUUCAAAGAACUUCCUGUCAGAAGAAAGCAUCCCAUUCCUGGGGCCAAGUAAUAGUCACUGCAGGAUGGGAUGGGAGAAUAAGGGCAUUCCAAAACUAUGGGUUGCCAGUACACCUGUGAAUCAUUCAUGUUUUUUAAAUUACAAAGCAACAAUUACGAGCUCAUUUUGCUCUAUCAGGUUGGCCGGGGCCACAGCUUUAUUAAAGUUGUAGUGGUCCUUGUUGAUUUUCUGUGCAUUGAUUAGCUGGGAAAUUAUUUGUUAACUUGUGCAGUUCCAUUUGAGCCUUCUUUCAUUCAUUUGUUUUCGUCUUCAUGAGGAAUGCUUCUGACAUCUACUUAAGUUAACAUAUUUUCAACACUGUAUUUGUAUUAUUAUGUUGUAAAAGAUUUGCUAUUGAACCAUAGCAUAUUCUCUUGCACUAUAUUAUAUACAAGAGAAAUAUGUUGAAAAUAUGUAGAUGUUGUAGAUGCAAAAAAGCAUUGUUCUGUAAGAUAUGCUGCUACAUAAAAUGUCAUUAGUUGUGAAAAUUUGAAUCUCGGAUGCCUUUGAGACUGAGGAUUCUCCUUUGCAUCUGUGAUAUAGAAAGAGAUUUAGGUUUAAACCUCAUGAAAGAGAAGAUUUAGUUUCAAUUGUAUGGACAGAUUCUUUCUUCCAUAUCAAGAGCAGUUUCUUUUUUUAAUUUUGUGUAAAGCUCUGUUGUUAAUUUUUUUUUCUUUUUGUUACUUACAUUUAGACUUCGUUUGGGAUGACUUUUUUACUGCUUCUUAAAACUGUUUUUUAGUAUAAAAAUUUGAAUUUUUGUGCUAGAAAGCAGCUUUAAAAAACAGCAAAAAAACCAUCCCAAACAAAACCUUGAACUAAUCACUGGCAUCAUCACAUUCACAAGCUCCAAUUUUGGCAUCAUUAGUUUUAUCUUCAGACUGAUAAAGGUAGCUAUGUGAUGAUCAACAAAUUCUUAUCAAGACAGCUGUGCCAUGCGAUACUAAUGGAGGUAGAUUGAAGCUCGCCUUUUGCAUUAUUUUGUGGGCCAUUUAAACAAAAUUCAGUAUGGUUGCUAAUCAAGUAAAGGAUACUCCUGGAGAAUAACAGGAAGAGGGAUAAGUGGAUAAGGGUAUUUAAAUGUCAAUGUUUGUCGUGUUCAGCACUUGGUGAUGUCUUCUCAGACUUGCACAGACAUACAGUACUGACUGGGCAAGCACAAGUCUCCAACAUUGUACUAAGUUGUCAACUUGCCUAAGAAGAGGUGUAUUUACCAUGGACUAUACUGAAGUUGUAUAAGGGCUGAAGUUAUCUGAAAGGAAUUUAUGUACUCCUUGGAAUCAAGUAAUUGAACUUGUUCAGAAGAAUCUAAGAUAACGCAAAUUUGGCAAAUCAACUUGUCAAUGUUGUCAGCUUAUUUGUCUGAGAGGAUUCGCCAAUGGAAUCCCUCUUAUUGAACUCUCUUAAUGUGAAACUUGCAAGAGUUGCCAAGGUAUUGGAUGGUUGUUAGCUAGCAAGAUUUGUCUAACUCAUAGUAAAGUUUUAUCAGUUCAUAUAAUUUAUUUUGUAUUUAUUCAAUUGUAUAUUUGUACUCAUUUUAGUAGUAUUCCAUUUUGACAAAUUUAUUGAUAUGAGGUUAGAGGA